UUCCUCGACUCUUCGUCUACUCGCGCUCCACGUUCCUCCCUUUCUCGCCGUUCCGUCUCCGAUCGCGCUCCUCUCUCCCGCUGGACCGUUUUCCGCAUCCGUCGCACCGAGAGCGCCCGUGAUUACACACGUGUACACAAACGCGCGCGGACCGAAACGUUAAAACGCGACAGCGACGUUAUAUACCGGGGAACGAUAAAAACAUGUCGAUGACAGGUCCAGCGCAGGACGUACCGAUACGUCGGUGCCGGCCCGUGGCGAGAUAACGCGCGCGGAAUAUAACGGAGUGCGCGAAAAUCGGCGCGCGAUUCGAGACCGCGCGACGCGGCGCGGGAACUCCGUCAGAGGCCAACGGAAGCGAGUGACGUGAGGAGCGCGGUAUCGUUCUGGUCGAAGGAAACGGUCCGAGAACGUUUCCUCGUUCUCAUCUCCUCACGGCGAAACUGAAACCACCAACCCUGCGACCGGAAAGACAGUGAAACCGCACGGCGGAAUCGGUGGGUGAAUCUCCUAGUGGCCGGGGUGCACCUGUGUCCGUAGGUGUGUACGACGUCGGUUGGUCAGCUCCGGUGGUCAGCGGAGAUAAACGUCCUCUCCCGGGCUCGCCGUGUAUGUGCGGGGAGUGUGUGUUGACCGGCGCGACAGUUCCGACCGGCGGGAGGUCGACCGGAAGCGGUAAACUAGGUGAUACCGUCCGCGGGGAGCUGCUGGUAGUGGCAGAGCCUGCUAGUGGUCUGGGUCCGUUGUCUAUAUCGGGCCGGCUCUCGUUUAUGUGAUGAACGUGGUUUAAUGGUUGAUCCGCUAAAACUCUUCUGGGUUAUUACCAACAGCACCUACCUGGUAACAAAAUUCAUUCGCAUCGGGAUAGCUGACAAGAACGAUAAUCCCCCAUAUUUCGACAAGGGCCUCUACGAGGCUGAGGUAGAUGAAAAUGAGGACAUUCAGCACACGGUGCUCACCGUCACCGCCAAAGAUCACGACGAGUCCUCGCGUAUUCGAUACGAGAUCACGAGCGGGAACAUAGGCGGUGCAUUCGCCGUGAAAAACAUGACCGGCGCCAUUUACGUCGCGGGUGCGUUGGACUAUGAGACGAGAAAGAGGUACGAGCUUCGGCUUACUGCGUCGGACAACUUGAAGGAGAAUUACACGACGGUUGUAAUUCAUGUGAAGGACGUAAACGACAACCCGCCCGUCUUCGAAAGACCGAAUUACAGAACACAAAUUACCGAGGAGGACGACAGGACUUUGCCGAAACGCGUUCUCGGGGUAACCGCGACUGACGGGGAUAAAGAUAGACCGCAAAACAUUGUCUACUUCCUGACUGGGCAGGGUAUCGAUCCCGAUAAUCCCGCGAACAGCAAGUUCGACAUCAAUCGCACGACUGGAGAGAUUUUUGUUCUGAAGCCGCUGGACAGAGAUCAACCGAAUGGCCGGCCACAGUGGCGGUUCACCGUGUUUGCCCAGGACGAGGGUGGAGAAGGUCUCGUGGGUUACGCCGACGUCCAAGUUAACCUCAAGGACAUCAAUGACAACGCCCCGAUAUUCCCGCAGGGUGUCUACUUCGGCAACGUCACCGAGAACGGCACCGCAGGAAUGGUGGUGAUGACGAUGACAGCUGUGGAUUACGACGAUCCAAAUGAAGGCACGAACGCAAGACUUAUCUACUCCAUCGAGAAGAACGUCAUCGAGGAGGAAACCGGCUCGCCCAUUUUCGAAAUUGAAUCGGAAACUGGCGUUAUCAAAACUGCCGUGUGCUGCCUGGAUCGAGAACGCACCCCGGAUUAUUCUAUACAAGUCGUCGCGAUGGAUGGAGGGGGGUUAAAGGGCACCGGGACGGCAUCGAUACGGGUCAAAGACAUAAACGACAUGCCACCGCAAUUCACGAAGGACGAGUGGUUUACCGAAGUGGACGAGACGGAAGGGCCAGAUCUGCCAGAGAUGCCGAUACUCACCGUAACCGUCCACGACGAAGACGAGACCAAUAAAUUCCAAUACAAGGUAAUCGAGAACAGCGGUUACGGUGCCGAUAAAUUUACUAUGGUACGAAACAACGAUGGCACAGGAUCGUUGAAAAUUGUGCAAUCGCUGGAUUACGAGGACCAACUGCAGAGUAAUGGCUUUAGGUUUAGGAUACAAGUGAACGAUAAGGGCGAGGACAAUGACAAUGAUAAAUACCACGUGGCCUAUUCCUGGGUGGUCGUGAAAUUGCGAGAUAUCAAUGACAAUCAGCCACAAUUCGAGAAAGCCAAUAUCGAGACUACCGUGCCGGAGAACGCCCGCAUAGGCAGCAGCCUGGAAACGUUCAAGGCCACUGAUCCGGAUCAAGGUGGCAAGAGCAAGGUCUCCUAUUCCAUCGACAGAAGUUCCGAUCGAAAGAGACAGUUCUUCAUCAACGAAAACGGCACCGUGUCGAUACAGAGGAGCCUUGAUCGCGAGGAAACUCCUCGGCACCAGGUUAAAAUUUUGGCGAUCGACGAUGGAAUACCACCCAAAACCGCGACAGCUACCCUGACAGUCGUCGUACAGGAUAUUAAUGACAAUCCACCGAGAUUCCUCAAGGACUAUCGUCCAGUUUUACCGGAAUACGCGCAAACCAAAAAGGUCGUCGAGAUUCUCGCCACCGAUGAUGAUGAUCGAUCUAGGAGCAACGGCCCUCCGUUUACUUUCCGGAUGGAUCCUAACGCGAACGAUGUUAUUAGAGCUAGCUUCAAAGUUGAGAGCGAUAACAAGGGAGCCAAUGGAGACGGAAUGGCCGUGGUGUCAUCCUUGCGAUCGUUCGACAGGGAACAACAAAAGGAGUUCUUGAUUCCUAUCGUCAUCAAGGAUUCCGGGAACCCUUCAAUGUCUGGGACCAGUACCUUGACGGUUAUCAUAGGGGACGUUAACGAUAAUAAGAUGCAGCCUGGCUCCAAGGAAAUCUUUGUAUAUAACUACGCAGGACAAUCGCCAGAUACCGAGAUAGGUAGAGUGUACGUGUACGAUCUGGACGACUGGGAUCUGCCGGACAAGAAAUUCUACUGGGAAGGACUGGAGCACGCGCAAUUCAGACUGGACGAGGACUCGGGGAUGAUUUACAUGAAAUCUGGCACGCACGACGGCAAGUAUCAUCUACGGUUCAAGGUCUACGAUCGGAAGCACACGCAGACGGACGUGCCCGCGAAUGUGACUGUCACCGUCAAGAGUAUCCCGCACGAGGCGGUGUUGAAUUCAGGCUCGGUCCGAAUAUCCGGAAUAACGGACGAGGACUUUAUUCGCGUCUGGAAUUAUCAGAAUCAAACUCUGUCGCGGAGCAAAGCAGAUCUAUUCAGGGACAAGCUGUCGCAUCUAUUGAAUAUAGACAGGGACAAUGUGGAUGUUUUCAGUGUUCAAUUAAGAAGAGUGCAUCCACCGUUGACGGACGUCAGAUUCGCCGCGCACGGCUCCCUAUAUUACAAACCGGUCAGGCUUAACGGCAUUGUACUUAUGCAUCGCGAAGAGAUCGAGAAAGAUGUGGGUAUCAACAUAACUAUGGUCGGUAUCGACGAGUGUUACUACGAGAACGAGAUGUGCGAAGGCAGUUGUACGAACACCCUCGAUAUCAGCAACCUGCCGUAUAUGGUGAACGCGAACAGGACCGCCCUUGUUGGCGUACGCGUUGACGUGAUAGCCGAGUGCACCUGUGGAGCACGAAAUUUUAGCAAGGGCGAGUCCUGCAGGAACAGUCCCUGCUACAACGGCGGACGCUGCGUGGAAGACCGAUUUGGAUUGUCAUGUCAAUGUCCAUCUGGUUACAACGGCCCGAGGUGUCAGCAGACCGCUAGAAGCUUUCGGGGCAACGGUUGGGCAUGGUAUCCCGCUUUGGAGAUGUGCGAUAAUAGUCACUUGAGCUUCGAGUUUAUCACAAGAAAAUCUGACGGACUAUUAUUGUACAAUGGUCCGAUUGUUCCUCCCGAAGUCGACGAGAUAAUGGUUUCUGACUUUAUCUCGGUCGAAUUGGAACGCGGUAUACCGAGGCUACUGAUCGAUUUUGGAUCUGGCACUUUGGAGCUGAAAGUGAAGCCAAAGAAAACCUUGGACGACGGCGAGUGGCAUCGACUUGACAUUUUCUGGAAUACGGAGACCGUGAAGCUCAUCAUCGACUACUGCAAAUCCGCGGAGAUAUCCGAGUUGGAGGAUGGAAGCCCACCGGAAUUCAACGACACUAGCUGCCAGGCCACGGGCACGAUACCGCCGUUCAACGAGUACCUGAACGUGAACGCACCGCUGCAGAUCGGCGGUCUCUACGUAGAGCAGUUCGAUCCGACGCACUACAAGUGGAAGCACAUGCCGGUGGGCAAGGGCUUCGACGGCUGCAUCAAGAAUCUCUUCCACAACAGCAAGCUGUACGAUCUCGCUCACCCGGGACUCUCGCGGAACAGCGUCGCCGGUUGUCCGCAGACGGAGGAGAUCUGCAACAAUCAGGAAUCGACCUUCCGCUGCUGGGAACACGGCACCUGUGUCGGCAGCUUCACCGAGGCGAGAUGCCAGUGCAAUCCCGGCUGGACCGGUCCCGGAUGCAUGACGCCGACGAUCCCGACCACCUUCAAGCCUCAGAGCUACGUCAAGUACGCGCUGUCCUUCGAGCCGGACAAGUACUCCACUCAGGUGCAACUGAGAUUCCGUACCCGAGAGAUUCACGGCGAGCUGUUCAGAGUGAGCGAUCAGCACAAUAGGGAAUACGCCAUUUUGGAGAUCAAGGACAGCAGACUGCACUUCAGGUAUAAUCUGAACAGUCUUAGGACAGAAGAACGAGAUAUCUGGCUCUCGGCGAUAGCCGUCGACGAUGGACAAUGGCACACGGUCAGAGUGUCGAGAUAUGGAUCCGCUGCAACUUUGGAGUUGGACGGUGGCGAAGGACGAAGAUUCAAUGAGACCUUUUCCUUCGAAGGUCAUCAAUGGCUCCUCGUGGACAAGCAAGAGGGUGUCUACGCCGGUGGCAAGGCGGAAUACACUGGCGUUCGCACAUUUGAAGUUUACGCGGAUUAUCAGAAAGGUUGUUUGGACGACAUAAGAUUGGAAGGGAAACAUCUUCCGCUACCACCCGCCAUGAACGGGACUCAAUGGGGUCAGGCGACGAUGGCGCGGAACUUGGAGAGGAAUUGUCCGUCGAAUAAACCGUGUGCCAAUGUCAUUUGUCAAGAUCCCUUCGAGUGCAUUGAUCUCUGGAACGAAUACGACUGCACUUGCGGGGAGGGAAGAAUCCCCUCGCCGGAUAACAAGGGAUGCAUGGAUAAAAACGAGUGCAUCGAUUAUCCUUGCCUGAACGGUGGCAGAUGUAUCAAUCAGGACCCGCGAUUCCGAUACCGGUGCAUUUGUCCUGAUGGCUUCUGGGGCGAGAACUGCGAGCUAGUCCAAGAGGGACAGACGCUCAAGCUGAGCAUGGGCGCGUUGGCGGCGAUCCUCGUCUGUCUCUUGAUCAUUCUCGUUCUCGUCUUGGUAUUCGUCGUUUACAACAGAAGACGAGAAGCGCACAUAAAGUAUCCCGGCCCGGAUGACGACGUGAGGGAAAACAUCAUUAACUACGACGACGAGGGUGGCGGAGAGGACGACAUGACCGCGUUCGAUAUCACGCCUCUGCAGAUUCCGAUCGGUGGCCCGAUACCGGAAAUGGGUGGCAAGCUGCCUCCGUGUAAAGUAGCCUAUCCACUUGGACCGGAACCGAACGUUGGCGUCUUUAUCGAGGAUCACAAAAAGAGGGCCGAUAGUGAUCCAAACGCACCGCCCUUCGACGAUUUACGGAAUUACGCAUACGAAGGUGGCGGAAGUACCGCGGGUUCUCUAGAAUCAUUAGCCUCCGGUACGGACGAUGAGCAGCACGAGUACGAAUAUCUAGGCGCCUGGGGCCCGAGAUUCGACAAGCUGGCCGACAUGUACGGUCCCGCGGAGGAGAGCGAGGAGGAGGAAUAAUCGACCGAGCACACGACCGAGUCUCCACAUCACAUUACACCGAGUAACGCGAUCCACAUCGUCCGAAUGGGUGCUCGUGAGACCUGCACGAUCGAGACGACCCGGUCCGUCACGUCGGACGACAGAGAUCGCCGUUGCGAGCAUUCGGUGGAUCUCGAGAGAAAACGAGAGCACGCCUCUCUUCGCCGAGAGUGACGAAUCUCCCUUUCCCCGACGAACGGCGAGGGACAACUUCCUCGUAGUGGUGCAGCUAGUGAAAGUACUAAUUACACAUGUGAUGUCGCACGCACCACGUAACGACACGCCGUAUCAUCCGCGGUGCGUGCGCACAACACACACCCAGACACACACGUUACUCGGGGGUCAAAGGUGCAUAAAAGGAACGUUGCAAUAACGCGACGGCACACGGUAGAAAGAGGUGGUAAAUGAGAAGGCGUGGAAGUCUUUAGCAUAUACCUAUCUGUAUAGUACGUUAUAGUACGUAGUGAGAUAUCUCCAAAGACACGCGACACAGGACUUUUUCUAACGUGAUCCCUCACCCUCGAUACCCACACGAUUUCCGCUCAUCGGUCGCCAUCGGUAAGUCACCCACGCAUACACCUAUGUAUACAUAUAUACGUGUAGGUAUAAUAUCGCGUCGUUGUCGUCAAGUGUCGGAUCUUAGAUCGGCGUUUCGUCCUCGCGCGCAACCGGGAUCGUUCAUUUAUUUAAAUGUCGCGGAAUUGGGGCGAACGUGUUAGAUGUGUUGUAAACGAUUAAUCAAGGGCAUUCACGUACAUUCAGACACACAUAUAUACAUACACACAUAUAUACGUUAACACAGGACACCGACGAUACCGUUUUGAAAGACGGCAUGAUUCCGUCAUCGUCGUCGGCGGCGAGAUCCUUCGUUUCUUCGUCGCGCCAACUCUUCGUUUCUUCGUUCUUCUGCACGAUGUCUCUCCCGUGGGACGUAUCCUCGACGAACAUAUAUAUAUAUAUAUAUAUAUAUAUAUAUAUUUAUUUAUUGUUGUCCUGAAUGCGGAGGAAUCCCGGAAGCAACGCACUCUCGUUUAUGACGGACGAUCCUACCGUAGAUAGUCUGCCAUAAUAGGAAUUAUUGUUAAGGUAUCGUUAGUUGUCGCGACAUCGGCUCAUUGUCGUCAUCGUCAUCAUUAUCGUCAUCCUCACCGAUUAGCAUUAUAUUAUUAAAUAUUAUAAUAUAUUAUAUAAAUAUAUUAUAAAUAUGGAUUUAUAUAGAGGCGCACGACAAAAUGAGGCAAGAAAGUGAUUAAACGGAGAAAAAAAGUCCGUGAAAGGUGGGGGAGAGAGUAUGAGUUAUCGCGCGCGCGCAGUGUAAUUAUUAUAAUUACGGUAUAGCGGACAUAAAGUCUAAAUAUAAAUACAAAUAUAAAUAUAUAUAUAAAUAUAAAUACAAAUAUAUAUUAUGCAUAUACAUACAAACAGAGAAAACACGUACGAACAUACAGACAAUUAACACAGAGAGAUGAGAGAUUUGCAUUCGCUAAAAAAUAUGCUCACCGUUGAUAUAUAUAUAUCUCGAUAUAGUUUUAAUAUUUAUUUUAUGUCAUCUCUCAAAGGAGAUCGGAGCGCGAAGAGCACGGUAUAUGAGGUACGCGUGCACGAGGAGCCGUGGGGGGAGAGAGAGAGAGAUAAAUGUGGCAGGAUUUCGUUCUAGUCAUCCCGAAUGGUUCGUUGAUUCAUCGUUUCUACGUGGACAGAAUUUCUUUGCCGCUUUUCCCCACAUUUGAACGAGCGGGAACUAACUAACUCUCAUAGCAAUUAUAUAUAAUUCUAUUAAAAUUACGGGAUUACUAUUUAAGAUUUAUAAUAAAUUUCUACGAGUUUUUGGUAAAUCGCUGGAAAUUCUUUUUCCUCAAAAGCAUCCGUAAAAUAAAUCGUGAAUGAGAAAGUUAAUCCGUUUUAACUAAUAUGUAAAUAAAGAGAUUGUUAUAAAGAUACAGCAAUCUCUUUUUUGAAUUUAAUUCUUAUUAAACAAGAACGACGUCGAUAUAAUUAUAAGCCAGAUGUGACUUAACUGACGAAUAAGGAAGGAUUAAGAUUUAAAAAUGAUCAUUAAUCGUAAUUAGUCGAACCGCGCGGAUUUUAUUAACAAGGGAAAUCACAACUUAAAGGUCCCGUCUAACGCAAAAUGAGGCUCGACGAGCUUUUCGAUACCUCACGACGCCACGUGCACGCGUGAUCAUAUUAUAUCGUCGCGCGCCUUUCGCGGGAGGAACUUUCCACGCACCGAGCCCCGACUGAACCUGUAAAAUUCUCAACGGGAAUAUUAAUAGUCAAUUUACCGGUUAGGGAGAGAAAGCGAGAGAGAGGUUGAAGGGAGAAGCCGUUAGGAGUACGUCGCAAGCACUUGUACGAAUAUUGUAAUUAACAUGUGUAUGAGUGUGCCGGCGCGCGCAGUAUUUGCGUGACUGCGCAUCGCUGUAUAAUUGUCCUACCAAUGAUCGUGUUUGCGUAUGGUUUUUCAACGAAUUUGUGAUAUUAAGUUGCGUAUAUCUACAACAGUACACGUCCCCGCGUACUAUCGUCGUUCCUCGAAGACCUGCGAGCACCGACAGCGCGACCGUAUAACUCUUAACGAAGCAAAAGUCUUGAAUACGUCUGAAGAAAUCUCGAGGAAUAUUCAUGAGAUUUGCGAUAUUUCCUAGUCUUUUGUUUUGUUUGGAUUUAUAUCAGUUGCUUUUUGCGGCGCAACAUUGUGGCGACGAUAAAAUCGUUACAGCGACGGUUAUUCAAUAAAAUAAUUCUAAUUUAGUGCUAAAUUGUCGAGUAGCUCACGGGAAAAAUUACUAACAAAAUCUUGAAAAGUAGAAAUAUAUUUUUUCGAACUACAACGAAUGUCCGACGUAAUUUUAUCAUCGCGUUAUGAGACAGCAAUAAUCCUACCUCGAGCAAUAAGUUCAGUAGCAAUAGAUGCAGUUCUCUGUUCUGAGGUCUUUGAUUGCAGUUCGUCGCUUUGAACUUACUUGUACCGUUCACUGUUCAAUCUCGUAUUUAAUUGAACUAUAUUUAACUGUGAAGAAUAUCAGGUGGAAAGGGAAAAGACCUUUUCUUCAAAAUUUAAGAAGAAAUUAAAGUUUUUUUAAGGUAAUAGCUCACUGGAGAAACUUUAUAGAAAUUUCGGUUAACUAUGAACCUAUUUUGAGGCUACAGAUGGUGAAAUGAAUCUCAUAAAAAAAAAUCUUGCUCUCUCGGUGCCCGCACGUCCAAUUCAUCAAAGCCCGUCGUUCAUCCUAGAUCCCUUAGUUUCUCCAGACAUUCCCAUCAUCGACUCGAUCCCGUCAAGUAGAUUUUAAGCAGAGACAGUAUUUGAAUGGGGUUAUUGGAGGACGAAAGAAUUAUUGUUAAGUAACUGUAUUGAGUAGCGCGCGAGCGCGCGUCGCGUGUGUGCAGUGGCAAAAAACAAAAACAAAACAGAAAGGCAGCCUAAUUAUACGAGUGUAUGUACAAUGUAUCGAUGAGGUGCGAUCGAUCGUUCAUUUAAAAAACAAUCGUCCCUCUAAUUUAAAUACGAUUAAAAUAACAGAUAUUUAUUUUUCUUACUUUUAAGAUAAUGGAUCAGUUAAUUCGCCGAAAGAAAUGUUCUUACCGUUAAAUGCCGAAUUUGUUCAACUUGAAUUAAAAAUUGUUCUAAGUUAAUUUCAACUACUAUAUACUUGAAUUGACAUAAUAAUAAAGAUUGCCACUUUCGUGGCUGCGUAAACUUGAUACGCGAUGGCGAUUGAUCGCGUAUCUGUACAUCGAUGAGGCUCGAAGACUCUUCCAUUCGCUCGACCCGUGCACCUCGAUCGUUUUAUGUAAAAGCUUUUUGAGAAGCAGUAUGUGCAUGCGUUUAAAACGCGUUUAGCCGAAAAAUAUACAUGACAGAAGCGGAAUUAAAAAUUCCGAAGUUGAAUGAAUGCAGAGAUUAAAACCGAUAUCUCGAUAUCGACAAAGUUCUAAAAGACGAAAAAAGUUGAAAGAUAUCUAAAACAGAUAUCUAGAACCAGAUCUGAAAGAUCAGUAUUUCUUUUAAAUACCUCACGAUCUUCUUAAAAUAUCUUUACGGCAUCUUUUAAAUACUUUAAAUGUUUUGAAUAUAUUUUUAAUGAACACAAACUUUGACGCGAUAAACACGCAAAAACAAUCUACUCAAAUUAAUACAUAUUGUAUAAGAUUAUAAUUCACAAACUCAGAUUAUUAUUUGUAAAAAUUAACAAGAUUUUACAUUUUUCUUUUAUACUUGCAACAUCGAAAAUCUAACUUGUUAGAUAGUUAUAUCGGUUUCAGUUUUUGCGUGAGACUCGAACAUUAAUGAGCAAAUCAGGAAACAGAGUCCGCGAGACUGUCGCUUAAAGAAAAAUGCUCACGACGAUUUCAUUUGCGAUCGACUGAUUUCAAUCGUACUUAUAUUUAACGAACCGUAUUGAAGAUUUAUGACGAGAGAUGCGAGUUACAAAAGUUAUAAAAAGUCAAAGAAUAUUCGAACAGCAAUUCAUUUGUCAAAAAAACGAACGAACUGUUCGAAGGAGGGAAACUAAAAUAACGACACGUUCCUUAAAUCCAUUCCAAUACAAUUGUCGCGAUUAAUUAAUAAUUAAUAUUAAAAGAUUCGGCUCAACGUCACUUGUCGUCGUUAAAUUAGAUUAGUCUGUAUGCUUGCUUAGUUCGUGCGUAUAAUCCCAAAAUUUGGCGCUGUAAAUCGAAGGCAAAUAAGUUCGAAUGCCCGUUUCGUGAUACGGGAAUUUACCAUCUAAGUGCGUACUUACGGAAUCUUUUGGAAAGAUCUCAUUUUACAUUACAUUUUAUCGCAACCGGGGAUCGCUCUUUGAUACUACCGGUCGCGGAAUGAAGACAAGACAUUUGUAUGCUCAUCCUACAUAUCCCCAACUUUUUCUGAGCACUGCCUAAUCGUGCACAAAGGUACACUUGGUAAACGGGGUACUAUAGGGCCGAGCGCGAGCAAACUCGUACAUAAUUAACAUAACCGAAUUCCGUUCAGUUGAAAAAAAAAAAAAA